ACAAACCAUACAAAAAAAGAACUAGUAUCAGAGAUUAAGCUAUUAAAUGAAAGGGUUGAGAGUUUAGAAGAAGAGAUCAAAACCCUCUAUAACCCUGGUACAAGUUCUUUGUGGCAAAUACUUAAAUAUCUUUUACGUUCUAGUCUACUAACUGAAAAUUUAAAAAAUAAGGAAAAGCAGUUAGGAUCUCUACCUCCAAAAAGAAAAAAAAAAAUCAUGCCUUUCUACUGGCUUUUAACAAAUGAAGAAUUAUUGAAUCAAUUAAAAGAAGCAUAA